ACUUGUUAUACUUUUCACGGACGAGUUGGGUCAUAUUUCCCACUGGAGAGCCAUCAUGGCAGGAAGUCUGGCUGGCAUGGUUGCAACCAUCGUGACUUACCCCACUGACGUAAUUAAAACACGGCUCAUUGUGCAGAACCGACUGGAACCAUCUUACGAAGGAAUUCUUCAUGCAUUUUACAAAAUUUAUCAUCAAGAAGGACUCCUUGCACUCUACCGUGGCGUUUCACCAGCUAUAUUAGGUGCUGUCCCAUUUUCUGCAGGCUCAUUCUUUGUUUACAUCAAUCUGGACAGAAUCUGGCGAGAACCUGUAGUUCAUUUCACUCCUCUUCAGAACUUCAUAAAUGGCUGUGUCGCAGCAGGUGUGGCACAGACACUUUCUUUCCCCUUUGAAACUGUCAAGAGGAAGAUGCAGGCACAGAGUCCUUGGCUUCCCCACUAUGGAGCAGUUGAUGUCCGUUUUACUGGCAUGGCUGACUGUUUCCGGCAAACUGUGAAGAACAAAGGCGUGCUCGGACUUUGGAGUGGACUCACACCCAGUCUGCUCAAGAUUGUCCCAUACUUUGGUGUUAUGUUUAGCACCUUUGAAUUCUGCAAGCGGGUCUGUCUGUACAGAAAUGGUUAUAUUGAAUCUCCUUUAAAUUACAAGCUAACUCCUGGCGUGGACCAGAGUUUACAGCCACAAGAACUGAGAGAAUUAAAGCUCCUCCGAAGGGAAAAUUUUGAGUCAAGGAAAUCAGCUCUUGAAAAUUGACAUCGGAGUGUCCAUUGCAGAUAUACACACUACCUUUCUUGAGGAACUUUGGAAGAAAGACAUGCUGAACUACAGGAACCAGCGUCUCAGUGGAUUGCAUGGUUUUAGUACCGAGACACCAAUGCCAGGAGUGAAUAAAUCUUAUAUCUCAUUUGCUGCAUGGAUAUAAACAGUAUGAAGAGCAAGCAUAUACUGAAGAGGAGAGAUGCAACUAGUUUGAAAACACUAUGCUAUUGGAACUUGAAAUUACCUUAUUCUAGGUGCUUUUCAAUACUGAAUAGCCAUUUUGAGAUAAAACCACUUGCAGAAAGGCAAGAGAACUGAGAUGAGAGUACAAAUUGUAUCUUCAAAAAUAUUAAGAAAAUUCAAAUGGAUUUUUUUAAAGUAAUCUGAGAUACAGAGUCAGCCAAAAAUGAUAAACAGACUAGAAUAC